AUGGAUCCAUACAACUCGAACAACCCGAACAACCCAAACCCGAACGUUUUUGCGGUGCCCGGCUACUAUCCUUCAAUGGAACCGAGUUGGACAUCCUCUCAAUUUGCUUUCAACGCUUUUGCGGGUUUUCAACAAUCUCCGAACGUUUUCUCGCAAAUGCAACAAAUGCAAUCGUUACAAAACAUGAUGAUGCAAAACCCGUUCAACAUGCAAUUUCAUUCUCAACAACAACAACCCGUUGAAUCUUCUCAACAACCACAACCCGUUGAAGACGACAUUGAAAUCGUUUCGGAGACGCAACCACAAUCAUCUAAACGUAAAAAAAGAAAGCAAGUGACGGUUGACCAAAAUCAACCUUCGAAAGCGAAGGCAAAAACGUGGACGAGGAUCGAGGAGGAGGCCUUAGCGAAGGCGUGGAUUAGCACAUCCAAACACUCCGUUAUCGGUAACAACCAAACCGGCGAUAGGUUUUGGAAAGCGACAUUAUCAAAGUUUCUUGCGAUCAUGGAACAAGGACAUUAUCGCGAUGUCGACUCGAUCUCUUCGAAGUGGCGAAAGAUGCAUCUGAUCGUGAACCGGUUUGCGUCGAUAUAUAAUAAUUUAUAUACAAGUAAUCGCCGUAGUGGGAUGAGUGAUGAAGAUGUUUUCAAAGCGGCGAUGGAUAAAUACUAA